AUGUCGUGUGAAAUAGUAAAAUGCAAUAGUUGUAAAAUAGUAAUUAAUGAAUUACUUGCUUUCGUGCAAAACAAGUGUGAUGUCAUGGAUGUGGAAGGAAUUGUCAGGCUCUGUGUUUUAUCCUUUACACAGACGGAAAUUGAAGUGGCAAAGAAACUACUCAUCCAAUCUCUCUCGCCUAGCAAAAAAAGGGUGUUAUGCAAAAAGGGAACAAAAGCUGAACGUGAUUUACGAGAUAUUGUUGCGUUUUUAAAGGUAUGUGAACCCGAAUCCAUACCCAUAUUCGUAGCAAAAGACUUACAAAAAUUGCCACCGAUUACUUUUGAUCACAUUGACGUCACUCGGGUCCUCAAAGACUUGAUCGUCAUACAAAACGAAGUGAAGAAAAUUAGUUCGACCUACCUUACUAAGGACGAAUUUUACAAAAAUUGCAACAUGCAAGGUAGUCCUGAUAGAACCGUUAAUUUUAAACGCGGAGGGCACAUUCGUACAACCGAAUCAGCUGAUAUCUCAGCGCAUGCGCAUCGGUCACCGCCCGCUUGUCGUCUAUCUCAUUCUAUCUCGGGGAGUGAGCGCGAGGAGGCGAUCUCGCUCCCGCUUGCGGCAACGUCGGCAAUCACCGGUACCGGUUCGGAGGCCCCUACCGCGGUUUCGCCGAGCCUUUGUUGUGUGACUCGUGCGUCGGAGUCGAGGCAAUUAUGCGCUAACAUAACGGGUAAUAACGAUAAGGAAAGUAAUGUUGAAUGGCAAGCAGUGCAAAGAAAAAGGGACGCAAAUAUAAAUAUAUUGGUCAAAGAGGGGAAGCGGUAA